AUGGAUGACACGAGCACGAACGUUGCAAAAGCUUCUCUCAUCGAAAGUCAUCUUUUUCUGCGCCUCAGCGAUACUGGCGCAAACCACGACGAAUCCCCGGAGAUCACGCAAGAGCUAGCAGGCGCUGUCGGGGUUUCCGCGGAAUUAUCGUUUCGCUUUCUCCAGACGAUCUCGGGGCGUGCGAGAAACUUCGUCCCGCCCCGACGCACAGUGCCUCACUAUGGAGAAGGAGCUGAUGCUCUUGGACAUGUCCAAGGGGAGGUUAUAACUCGCUCUGACGAAGUCACCGUCCUUGCAUGGUCAGGGAAGUCAUCGUCAUACAAUGGUUGCCUGCCAGCUUCCUUCUCCAUUUACGGCCGAACUCCUUACAACCCUCCUUCACUCGGGGUGGAAGAAACGGAAAGAUACAUCACGAAGUUACGUGGCAUGUUGCCCCAGCCAGAAGCCUUGAGUAUCUAUAAUCAGAUCAACUCUCUUCCACCUGCCCAUCUUGCGACCCGACGUCUACAUCUUCCAGACAUUGUCUUCUCUGCCUGGAGACUCGUUAUACAGGGGCUACGCAGAGGCAAUGAGAAGCUAUAUCAUUCCAGGAUAUCCAGAUUUGGUAUAGUGGAGUUUACGACCACAGACGAUCUCCCACUACUCGGGCCGUAGAAAUUCGUCUUCGCCCACCCAUGGAUUCGUCACAUCCGAGGUUCGAGUAGUGGAGUUACAUGGGAAGGUGAAUAGGAUUCUGUAUCUGUCUGAUUCGAAUUCGGAUCGCGACCCUGGAUCUGAUGGAGUCGUGUCUUUACCCACUGACCCCGCGUUUCAGGUUGACGAGUGUACCUG